CCGCCUGCCUGGACCUCCCGGAGCCAGAGGGUAUGCCAGCCCCUCUGGCUCCGCGAUGGGGUCCAGGCCUGGCAAAAAGAGACUGCAGGGAGUAGUGGUGACGAUCUUGGAGCGAGGACCGUAGCCCAGUGGAAGGAAGCGGUUCUCUUGGACCAGCCGCCCUCCACCCCUGGAGGCGCUGCCCCGCCCCCUGCCAGUUGCACUCCUUUAAAUGGCCCGGGGCGCUAGGGAGGGGUGGGCGGGUCCGGCGUCUCCGGGCACGGGUGGAUGGCUCCGCCCAGCCAAUCGACGCCCCGCGGCGGGCGGGACUCCAGCCAAUCGCGGCUCGUGGCUCGGCUCCGGGGCGGGGCUGGGUGGGCCCGAAGCCAGACGGAGAGGCCCUGCCGAGGUGAGCGAGGCCCCGGCCGGUCACUGGUGGGUCCCGGCACUGGCGGGUCGCGACGCUGUGGGCGUUCCAGGAGGUGGUCGUGGCGAACCUGGCAGCUGGGGGCAUCAUGGUGGGAGGCUUGAAGAGGAAACACUCUGAUUUGGAAGAGGAGGAGGAGAGGUGGGAGUGGAGUCCAGCAGGCCUUCAGAGCUACCAGCAAGCCCUGCUCCGCAUCUCCCUAGACAAAGUCCAGCGCAGCCUGGGCCCCCGAGCACCCAGCCUCCGCAGGCAUGUCCUCAUCCAUAACACCCUCCAGCAGCUGCAGGCUGCACUUCGCCUGGCUCCAGCCCCUGCCCUGCCCCCCGAGCCCCUCUUCCUGGGCGAGGAGGAUUUCUCCUUGUCAGCCACCAUUGGCUCUAUCCUCAGGGAGCUGGACACCUCCAUGGAUGAGACUGAGCCCCCUCAGAAUCCAGUGGCUCCCCUCGGCCUCCAGAAUGAAGUGCCACCCCAGCCUGAUCCAGUCUUCUUAGAGGCGCUGAGCUCCCGGUACUUGGGGGACUCUGGCCUGGAUGACUUCUUUCUGGACAUUGACACAUCUGCGGUAGAAAAGGAGCCGGCGCGGGCCCCACCAGAGCCUCCUCACAACCUCUUCUGUGCCCCAGGUUCCUGGGAGUGGAAUGAACUGGAUCACAUCAUGGAAAUAAUUCUGGGGUCCUAAAACUGUGAUGGAGGGGAUCCUCUCUUGUGUCAUCUUCUGUGGCCUGGAUCCCUGAAUGCAACUCUGGGUGUGUGUUUUUGUGGGGGCUCUAAGCAGCGACUAUGGCCUCCUUUGUUCCCAUUUCAGGGUUCCACAAACCGUCUUGCAUGUGUGUGUGUGUCUGGUUACCCCAACCUUCUGUGAAGGUGGGUCUUCCUGAAUUAAUUUAUCUAUUCCAAAUGCCUUAACGAGACUCUGUUUCUGGGAGUCUGAUUUUCCACUUAAACAUUUCUUCCACCUUUCCCGCUAGUUCCCACUCCCCUGUGACCACUGGGGCCUCAGGGAAGAUAAAAGAAAACUGGGCCUGUCGAAGGAUGACAGGGAUGUGCUGCCAGGUUGCUAUAGAAACCCAGGCUCUGCCUCUUGCACCUUGAGGGGGUGGGAGGGGCUGGUCUCCUCCCUCCAGGCUGAACCCCACUUCCUUGGCAGGACCCCAGUCUCAGCAGCCUCCUGAUUUCAUAACCAGGCCGGACCACGUGCAAUAGGGUGGAAACCAAACUGCUCCAUGCCACGUUAUUUAAAAGAAAGGCAGAGUUUGUGGUGACUUUUUUUUUUUUUGGAUUGUUUGUAAUUUUUUUAAAUAAAAGUAUUUUGGAAGGAG